GCCAUCUAUUCACCAAAGAUUGUAUAACAUAUGUAUAGCCUCUGACCUGCAUGUGUCGGAUAUGCUUCUGAUGAUCAAUAGUUACAGAGUAGUUGUUAUACCCGUCAUCAUCAUCAUUUUAGCAGCCGCUCUUAUCCAGUGUGAUUUACAGGAGGAAUUAGGGUUAAGUGCCUUGCUCAAGGGCACAUCARCAGAUUCCUCACCUAGUCGGCGCGUGGAUUUGAACCAGCGACCYUUCGGUGACAGGCCCAACGCUCUAAACCACUCGGCUACCUUCCGCUCGUUUUCAACCCAAUUUAAAUGAACAGUUGAGUUUACAAUCAUCAAAUUCGAAAUGAAAUACACCAACGUGCAUUGUGCACACAAUGUUUCAUUUGUCAAAAAAUUGAGCUUUACGUGUGCAUAAAAAAACCAUCUGCUUCCCCCCUCCAUUCCGUGCCAGCCCUUCUCUCAUUCAAACGCACAACUAAUGCUGGAACCGGGAGGCUGCAACUGCCUGAGCUGAGGAAAAUGAACUCSGAUAACGAACUAUUAGGCUACUUGUGCACCCGAUGAAGGAAUUGAAGGGGUUGCAAAUUAAGUCAGCAAAUGUUCAAUUAAAAUAAGUAAGUUGAAUAAACGCGUGUUCAACUUGGGAAUUAUUGACCGUUAUUUUUACGCCCAGAGUUCUUCCCGUCUGUUUUGGAGCUGAAGUUAUUUCGCGGAGCAAAUGUAAGAUCCACCUGCAAUCUACAGAGGAGUUUUCCAAAUAAUGUUUGGAUUUCUAUGCUCCAGAAUGUACAGUGGUGUCUUUUCCUGUGAACAAUAAGUUUUGUGAAGAAAAUAAACGUUAUCAUUUUUUWAUAUAUAUUUUUUAAGCCUUGUGUCACUUCUUACACGGGCACUUCAUGAAUUAAUUUCAUAUUAUGACCAAAGAGCAUGAAAAUACAUAUUUUUAUUAGGGCUCGUGCAACCGCGGAAUCUCACUGACGCAUCAGACAUAAUUGGUCUUUACACUAUUUUUUUAAAUCAGGCAACGUUUGGAGAGGAUGAGGAGUCGUUGGGUGAAGCAUGAGGUGCCAGGGUAUCGGUCUUAGACGACUGUCUGUGCUGCUCCUGUGGGAGGGGCUCGCUCUGAGUCUGUGCUGCUGCUGGACCGGGACUUGGGUUGUUGCUGCUGCGGCCGGACCCAGUGAUGAUGGUGGUACCGCUGGGCCCAUGGGCUGGUUGCUGUCGGACAAAGGGCCCUUCCACCACUCKUUGGAGUUCACUGAGUCGGUGGAGAGACACCAGCAGGGCUACACUACCAGAUACAAGAUGUUCAGGGAGUUCGGCCGAUGGAAAGUCAACAGCCUGGCGGUGGAGAGGCGGGACGGCAGCGGCCUGGCUCCGCCCCUCGACCCUGACUUCAUGCACACAGUCAGGCAGUUGGGGCGGCGGCCCUCCCUCCACAGGAUCACUGAGACCAUUAUCAAGAAGUACGGAACUCACCUCCUGCUGUCCGCCACUCUUGGAGGGGAGGAGUCCUUGACGAUAUUUGUGGAUAAGCGGAAGCUGAGCCGAGGCCCAGAACCAGGGGCUAGAGCUGAGGGCAGCAGCCACAACAAUACGGGGGUGGUGACCCUGGAGGCCCUUCACCAGCUGGCUGCCUCCUACUUCACCGACAGGGAGAACACCCUGCGCCGGCUCCACCACCUCCAGAUCGCCUCCACCGCCAUCAGGGUGACUGAAACCAGGACAGGCCCCCUUGGAUGCAGUAACUAUGAUAACCUUGACUCUGUCAGCUCAGUAMUGGUCCACAGUCCAGAAAACAAGAUCCAAUUACAAGGACUCCAGGUUAUUCUGCCAGCGUACCUGCGGAGCCGCUUCGUCCAGGCAGCCCUCAGCUACAUCGGCUGCAACUCGGAGGGCCAGUUUGUGUGCAGGGCCAGUGACUGCUGGUGCCAGUGCAGCCCGGACUUCCCACAGUGCAACUGUCCACAGACGGACCUCCAGGCCCUGGAGAACAACCUGCUCCGCCUCAGAGAGGCCUGGACACUGGCCAACGAGGAGUUUGAGGAAUCAGAGGAGUUCCAAAGCUUCGUCGGAAGGCUGCCAACCCAUUACGCAGUGAACAAAUCUGUCGUGGAGCACUUGUGGAGGACGGAUGGGGGUCUGCUCCAGCGCUACAGGCAGCUGGAGACCACGCGAGGCCUGCUUCUCGACAAAGCGCGUCACACCGCUAACAAGCUCUUCAGCCUCAUUAAGAGAUGUCGCCAUCAGCCCAGAAUUGUGCUGCACAGGGAGAGACCCCUCCGCUACUGGCUGAGCUACAUCCUGUCCCUCCUGUACUGCAGUGAGAACGACCACAUCGGCGUGUACUCUGAGCAGACCAGGAGUUGUUCCUGCCCCUACCACCACUCUUCCUGCCAGGGCCCCGUCCCCUGCGCUGUGGGAGAAGGCCCCCGCUGUGCAUCUUGUUCCCCCGAGAACCGCACCCGCUGCUCCAGCUGCAACCCGGGCUUCUUUCUAGGCCAGGGGCUCUGCCGACCCGCCGUACCUGACCCCACGGAUCCCUACCUGGGUUUGGAGAGCGACCGCGACCUUCAGGACUUGGAGCUGCGCUACCUACUCCAGCGCCGCGACUCGCGCAUUGCCCUGCACGCCAUCUUCGUCAGCAGCGAUGUGCGCCUCAACGCCUGGUUCGACCCGUCGUGGCGGAAGAGGAUGCUGCUGACGCUGAAGAGCAACCGCUACAAGUCCAACCGCGUGCACAUGCUCCUGGGGGUGACGCUCCAGGUGUGCCUGACCAAGAACAGCACGCUGGAGCCUGCGCUGUCCGUGUUCGUCAACCCKUUCGGGGGCAGCCACUCAGAGAGCUGGACCAUGCCGAUCGGCCAGCACGGCUACCCCGGCUGGAAGMGGACCAAGCUGGAUAUCCCCCUGGACUGCUACAACUGGACCUUGACACUGGGCAACCGGUGGAAGAGCUUUUUCGAGACCRUCCAUUUCUACCUGAGGAGCCGCAUUAGGGAUUCGGGGCCAGGCUCGGAGGUUGGGGGACCCAGAAACGCUAGUAGAGCGUACUUUGAACCACCAGAGGGCGCCGUGGAACCUGUGGAGGCGUAUUCAUCCCAGAACAYGGGMUACAUGAAGAUCAACAGCAUGCAGCUGUUUGGAUACAGCAUGCACUUUGACCCGGAUGCAAUCCAGGACCUAAUCCUGCAGCUGGACUACCCGUACACCCAGGGAUCCCAGGACUCAGCCCUGCUGCAGCUGGUAGAGGUCCGCUAUAGGAUCAACCGCCUCUCCCCUCCAGGGGCUCAGCCUGUGGACCUGUUCUCAUGUCUGCUCCGUCAAAGACUGAAACUGUCCAGUUCAGAAGUGACCAGAAUACUGGCUUCUCUACAGGCUUUCAGUGCCAGACAACCAAACUCUGUGGAGUACGAGGCAACCAAGCUAUGUAGUUAAUAAUGGGCAGGUGGGCGGGGCCAAUGUGAUGUUUUUUGUAUUAACCCAAUCAUAUACAAUGUCAGCCYCAUAGCCUAUAUCUUUUGUCCGCGGGUCUGUUUGUGUUGGUGUUUGCCAUUAAUGUCUUUAAUUGUAUAUAAGUGUCAUUAAAUUUGAUGUUUUUAUCAAUACCGGUGAAAAGUUUGGACAAACCUACUCAUUCAAGRGUUUUUCUUWAUUUUUUACUAUUUUCUGCAUUGUAGAAUAAUUGUGAAGACACCAAAACUAUGAAAUAGYACAUAUGGAAUCAUGUARUAAGCAAAAARGUAUUAAACAAAUCAAAAUAUAUUAUAUAUUUGAGAUUAUUCAAAUAGCCACCCUUUGCCUUGAUGACAGCUUUGC